ACGGAGCAGUGUAACAGGGUCUUUAAGCACUCCUCACACCGCGGGUCUUUCCUAGCGUUAGGGUUUUUGCCUCUGCUUCCCUCCAUCGCCGUCUUCCCCUCUCCUCCUUCCGCCGCCGAAAAUAAGGAAUCCGUGUCGCCAUGUCUCUGAUCGUGAACGAGGAUUUCCAGCACAUUCUUCGUGUGCUCAACACGAACGUGGAUGGUAAACAGAAGAUCAUGUUUGCCCUCACCUCCAUCAAGGGUAUCGGCCGCCGCUUCGCCAACAUCGUCUGCAAGAAAGCUGACGUCGACAUGAACAAGAGGGCUGGGGAGCUCUCAGCUGCUGAGCUUGAGAACCUUAUGACAAUCGUGGCAAAUCCCCGUCAGUUCAAGAUCCCAGAUUGGUUUCUGAACAGAAAGAAGGACUAUAAGGAUGGUAGGUACUCACAGGUGGUUUCAAAUGCCCUGGACAUGAAGCUGAGGGAUGACCUUGAGCGCCUGAAGAAGAUCAGGAACCACCGUGGUCUACGUCACUACUGGGGUCUAAGAGUUCGCGGUCAGCACACCAAGACUACUGGAAGGAGGGGAAAGACUGUUGGUGUUUCCAAGAAGCGAUGAAGCCUCUUUUCCAUCUGUAUGCUUCAUGGUUGUGAUUUUGAAUUUCAACCUCUGGACGGGUUUUAGAAUUAUAUUCUCUAUCAAAUGAUGAACUUUCAAGGGUUUUCAAGUAGUUGUUUUUCAGUUACAAUCUUGGUAUUUGCUGGGACUUCGUUGUGUUUUUCCUGAUUCAGUGUUACGAGCUAAGCUUGCUGCUAUUUUUGAUGUCCAACAUUGUUCAUGAGCUCGUAAGGUUUUGAAUUCCAUUUUGGGAGUUUGUUUUUGCCAUAUGUCAAAACAGUUCUGGACAUGUUGGAAAUGUUAGCUACUGAAUAGUUUGUUUCCAGCGAACCAUGCUAUGAUUUGGUGGAACCACAGAUCUUAUUUAACCA